UCUCUGACAACGCAUAACGAGGUUGCACGCUCUUUAAUUUUACUUGUUAUAACCCCUCUCUCUCUCUCUCUAUCUCUCUCUCUCCCGGUAUUUACUUCUCGCAGAUUCUGCAUGUCCAGUUUUCUGCCACUUUCUCUCCUCCAACCACCAAAUCUCUGCAGCACCCGAAAAAAGUUGUCGCACAAAAAGAGGAACAGAAACAGACAAGGAGCCAACCAGAAUCGCAUAAGGUCCCUGCAUAAUGUCUCUCUCUCGCUCUCGCUCCUUCUCUCCCUGCUUUUUCCUUGGUCCCGUUCCGGAACCGAGAAUGGAGCUUUGUGCAUUCGCAGUAUUGGUUGUGUAGUAGGAGUACAUACGCUUUUGGCGCUUCCGGGUCUUUGCUUUUCGGUCCAAAACGCUGUUUUUUUUUUUUUUCCUUUUUGGGAGCAAGUUGCUUGGUCAGCGACGCCCAUUGAAGCCGGAGAGCGGAAAAAGCAAGGAACUUGGUGGGUUCUGUUGAAGAAGAAGGCUGUCGUUUGGAGAGGAUUGUAGCUGAUGAAGUUCAACAUGUCAACCGCGGCUAGGAGACAGAAAUGGCAGCAUUACCCAACACCCCCGACGCCGAGGAUCCUCCAGCUUCCGGGCAGGCCUCGCCGGAGGCCGCCGAGGGCGGCGAGGCCUGUGGCAGGAGAGUCAAGGAGCAGGGACCGGUCGGGGAAGCUGGAGGCCCUGUUCGACCAGGAGCGCAAGUUUCUGAGAUGCGGCGCGAGCGUGCCCAUAGUGCUGCUGGAGCACCGCGAUGAGAAGAGAGAUAGGAUCGAGGACAGAGGAGGGAGCGAGUGCGAGGAGGAGGAAGGUGGCGGAGGUGGCCGCGGCCGCGGCGAGGCGGCGGUGGAGGAGGAGAAGUGGAGGUUUCAGGCGGAGGUCUUGAGGGCGGAGUGUAACUUGUUGAGGAUGGAGAGAGAGAUCGCCGUGAAGAAACUGGAUAGGACCAGGAUCAAUUUCGAGAGGUCUCUCAAAUGUGCUAUUCAGACUUUGAUCAACGGGAAGAAAAAAGUCUGGGAAGGAGAGAGGCCGAGGGCAGUUUUUGACGGGGAGAUAGAGCAUUUGGUUGGGAAGCUCAAAGAGCUGAGAAAGAGCCUCAAGGUCGGAGAUUUCCGGGCUCGGAACUGCAGCAAUUUCGAAGAGCAAGCGACCGUUCUGCAGAGAAGGUUAAAGAAGCUCGGCGGCACGUCGUCGUCGUUGUCCAAAGACAAGCACUCGAACGAGAUUAGGAAGAUCGCAGAAGCAAGCCUGUCCAUUGGUUUCGACUCGGGAGAAGGCGAGAACGAAAUUCCCCAUCGCGAUCAGGAUCACGAUCACAAAGUCGAUAUCUUGACGAGGAAGAUGGAAGAAUUGUCGAAGGACAUGCUCUUGGAGAGGAUGGAGGAGGAGCACGGUUCGAUACUUUCUGCGGCCAGCAGAUCGGCAGCCAGUUCUGCUUCCAUUUCUAAGCGAAUCAAAUGGCCUUCUUCGGCGGCCGCCUUGAUCUGUCAACCCAACCGGGAGAUGGUGUCCCGCACCGACAGCGCUUGCUCGGGGCAUUGCAAGUCCAUAGUUCGGAGGAUCAUAGAGCAGGUUCGAGUGGAGACGGAGCAAUGGUCUCAGAUGCAGGAGAUGCUUGCACAGGUAAGAAUCGAAAUGGAAGAGUUGCAGGCCUCGCGGGACUUCUGGGAAGACCGAGCUCUCAAGUCGGACGCUCAUAUGCAGUCGCUAUGCUCAGCGGUGCAAGAAUGGAGACAGAGAGCACUCUCUUCUGAGGCGGAGGCAAACGAGCUGCGAGCGCGAGCAUCCGCGCCUCAGGAAGAGGUCCAGAGGUCGAGGAAAGAGCAAGACAAGGCGAGGCAAUUACCGCAGGGCGAGACGGAGAAGCGGGUCCUGAUCUGUCGCUUGAAGGAAAACCGCCGCGAUCGCCGCGGCGAGUGCAAGCAGGACGAGGCUUCGGGCGAUAGGAGAAGGAAAGUGCACGCGAGCGCCAGCAGGCUCGCAGCAGCGGCGGGUCCAAAGCGGUCCCCGUUUCGAGACAUCGGCAACUCAUCGCCGAUGUAAUCAAGGCAAAGUAGCAAAUGAUAAGCCAUUGUUCACCCCCGUGCGGUCGACUAAAAUUGAAGCUUUUGAAGAGAUCGAUCAUCAUCAGCUUUGAGCUUCCCGUUACCUCGUCUGCAGUUGCAUGAGCAAAGCUUUCGAUCUUAUCAUGUUCGCUCGAAUGAGAUGAUGAAUUGCCAC